UAUUACUAUCUACUACUUCCAACCAUUUACACAGAAUUUCAUUGCAGUGGCUUUCCUCGCAAUUAUGUUACUAUCACUUGGGUAACUCAGUAAAUUGAUUUCCUCUCACUCCAAUACCUCCAAUCAAACACUUCUCUCUUUCUCUCUCUCUCUCUGCACAAGCCGCCUCAUAAACUCAGUCCCCCACAACCCCUAUACUUUGGACUUUGCUACUUUGCUAGUACUAACUCACCUAGAGAGCAAAAUAAUAGCCAGAAUGCCCCAAAGGGUCGGCUUUUAGAGAGUGUGUACCAAGCUUUACACAAAGCAAAAAAGAAGAAGAAGAAAGAACUUCAUGUCGACGCCAUUAUAGUUUUCAGCAGAGACACACACAAACUCAUUAGGGUUUUGAAAAAAGAAAAAGAAAAAGAAAGCUUUGAUUUUGAUCCCACUUCUUCACUCCCUUUUGGUCAAAAAAAAAAAAAUGCUGGACUAUGAAUGGAGCAACCCGAGUUCAAUGAUGUUAACGGGCGAAGAAGAAACCGGCCCGGAUUCCGACCAUACCCGCCAAAUCUUCGACCACUACACCCAACAACAACAACAACAACCAUUUCACGACCACACUGGUUUCAACCCUCAUCAUCAUCAUCAAACCACAGCAACCAACGCUUUCUCUCACGCGCAAGCGCAUUUCAACCCACACCAAACCCAAACCCACUCGCAAUUCCACUCACUGUACGAUCCACGCGCGUACUCAAGCGCGUCUGCUGCUUCUUACCACCAGCAAGCUCCCCAGCUACUCUCCCUCGACCCCGUACCCGGCGCCGCCGUGGGGAGCGGCUCCGCCGGGUACCUCGUGGUCCCGAAGAGCGAGGACGCCUCGUCUCGUCCCCCAGUGGACUUCGUGUCCAGAAUUGGCCUCAACCUCGGCGGCCGGACCUAUUUCUCUUCCGCCGAGGACGAGUUCGUGAACCGGCUCUACCGCCGCGCUAGACCGGCCAACGAACCCGGUUCGGGCAACUCCCCUAGGUGUCAAGCUGAAGGGUGCAAUGCUGAUCUCACUCACGCCAAGCACUACCACCGCCGCCACAAGGUCUGUGAAUUUCACUCCAAAGCCUCCACCGUACUCGCCGCCGGGUUGACUCAGCGAUUCUGCCAGCAGUGUAGCAGGUUCCAUCUUCUUUCCGAGUUUGAUAAUGGAAAAAGAAGCUGCCGGAAGAGAUUGGCGGACCACAAUCGUCGCAGGCGAAAAACUCAACAACCUAAUCAAGAAAAUCAGAAGUCUCUGCCCGACAAUGCCCGGAAUUUAUCGACCGGUAAUCUCACAAGGUCCCCACCUGACUCUGGAGCUCCCUCGUCAUCGUCGGUGACCGUGGCAGUUUCGCCGCCACGAAUGUCAUUGGAUUGCUUCAGGCAACGACCUUAUCAGGCAACAGCUUCUUCGGCCUCAUCAAGCUCACUUUUUUUCUCAAGUGGGUAAAAUCAUCGCCAUCAAAUGCAAAAUUAGCGGGCUCUUGUUGUAGAAAUAUGGAGGAAUGUUUAGCAAAAUAACAUUAGGGAACAUUUUAAUUAAUAUUCCUUUUUUUUUUCUUUGUUAUUAUUUUUUUCCUUAAAUUUCGGUACUUUAGUCUAAAUUAAUUGGUGUUUGUAACAUGGGUACGUACGGAGCAUCUAAUAUAUCUUUUUCAUGUACCAA